CAUUAAAAUAUAACAAAAAUUCUCUUAAUAAUAAAUAUUCGCUCUUUCUUCUUCGCGCAACAAGAUCCAAUUCCAUUUCGUCUUCUUCCUCUUCUUCUCAAACAUCUUUUCUUCUUAUCAUAGAAUCACUAAUCAAUAGUUUAUUUUUUAACAAAGAACAGUAAUCAAUAAUUAGAUUCCUCAAUCAAAUUCUUCUCCUUAUUCCAUUUUAGUUUGUGCAUAGCAUGUUGCACAGAAGCUUCAAACCUGCCAAGUGCAAAACGGCAUUGAAGCUCGCCGUUUCGAGGAUAAAGCUCUUGAGGAAUAAGAGAGAUGCUCAAGUGAAGCAACUCAAGAGAGAAUUGGCUAAAUUGCUUGAGUCUGGUCAAGAUCAAACUGCUAGAAUUCGGGUUGAACAUGUUGUGAGGGAAGAGAAAACUAUGGCAGCAUAUGAGCUUGUUGAGAUAUACUGUGAACUUAUUGCGGCUCGCUUGCCUAUGAUUGAAUCACAGAAACAUUGUCCCAUCGAUUUGAAGGAAGCAAUUGCCAGUGUAAUAUUUGCAACUCCAAGAUGUUCAGACAUACCUGAGCUCAUGGAUGUGAAGAAGCAUAUUGUGUCAAAGUAUGGAAAAGAAUUUGUCUCAGCAGCUGUUGAAUUACGCCCUGACUGUGGUGUAAAUCGCCUGUUGGUUGAGAAAUUGUCUGCCAAAGCACCUGAUGGUCCAACCAAAAUAAAGAUACUGGCUGCAAUAGCUGAGGAGCAUAAUAUUAAAUGGGAACCGAAGUCAUUUGAAGAAAUUGAUGCAAAACCUUCUCAAGACUUGUUGGUUGGGCCAAGCACUCUUGAGAAGGCUGCUUAUGUGGAACCUUUUCAAGUCCAUGUUCCACCACCUGUUCAUGAUGAAAAGGGUCCUCCGGAUUCACGUGCUACCUCACAACUUAAACCAAUGCAUGAUGCAUAUACAAAUUCAAAUGAGCAGAGUGCAAGUGGUGCUGCUAGAAAGGCUAGUGGCAAUAACUCCACAACAUCAAGCAUGCCUAAUCAAGACAUCAGAUCUUCAGGAGAUGGAAGUCAAGAAAUGGAUUUUAGAGAUUCAUAUUCUGAAAAUAGGAGCGCCUUUCCUGGGGGUAGGCAGAAUUGGAACAUGGAAUUCAAGGAUGCUGCCUCUGCUGCACAGGCUGCUGCAGAAUCUGCCGAUCGUGCGGCGAUGGCUGCAAGAGCAGCUGCAGAAUUUUCAAACCGUGAAAACAUAGCAAGGCAGUAUUCAAGUGGAUCACGUAACUCUCCUGGCAGGCAGUCAAGAGAUGAAGCACCUAAAGACUAUGCUUUUCAUGAUGAAAAACAUCUUUCUUCCAGUUCUAUUAAUAGCACCAUCCAUAAAAGCAGUUCUGGGAUGCACAAUGAACAAAUCACCGCGGGAGAAGAAGAUAAUGUGGUUGGAAUGCACAAUGAAUAUUACAGGAAUACUCAUCAGAAUGUGGUGAAACACUCCCAGACAGAUUCAACUAUAGGUGGUGAUGAUAAACCAUUUACCCAUGGUUCUCAAAUAGAUGAUGUAUACCACCACAAUAACUUAUUCAAGCAAGAGAGUGACGACCUAUAUGCGAUGAGUAUAAGAAAGCAAGCAAGCAGAACUGAAGAAGAUUUUGGGACUGAACAUAAUUCUGAUGGUGAUAUUAAUAAUGAAAACAAUCAUCACUAUCUACAUGCAAGGACAAAUACACAACCUGGAGACUUUUCGUCUUCUCAUCCCAUUUUUCCAAGUGAUGAUCACAAUGAUAAUUUGAACUCAAAUGACUGGACGAUAGGGAACAAGGCUGCGCAAGACCUAUUUGUUGCCGAAGUAAACAUACAGACAAAAACCAUGGAACCAAGUUCUUAUAAUGAUACUUCUGUUGUAUUUGAUGAUUCGGAAUCUGAUGAUGAUGAUUUUAAAUUUGAUGCUGAUAAAAAAUACAAGGGUGAUGGAUCUGGGUUAUUCUUCUCAUCUCUUAGUAGCAAAUCCCAAGUUGAUCCCUUCGAAAAUACAAAUUCUUGGAGCUAUAGAGAAAAAAUUGGGGUGGAUGAGAUUGGUACACAAUCACUUUUUUCUGGUUCUGAAAAAUUGACGAAGUCUGAAGUUUCUUUUGAAAAAAAAGACUCAUUGCCUGCCACUUUUGAUGAUUCAGAUGACCCAAGUUCAGAUAUCGAGACAGAUUUGCUUAAGUCUAGAGUUUCUGGGACUUUUGAUUAUGGAAAUUCUGUCCUUGAUCAGACAGUAAACCAUGGGGAUCUAGGGUCCAUAUCAGGAAAGGUUAAGAAUCUUGGUUCCGACAGAAAGUCUUGGUCGUCGCCAUCUUCAGUUGGUUCAGAUAAUGUGGAAGAGCAUUCUGAGAAAAAGGUAGACAUCACUAAUAUGUCAGAAAAAAAUUAUGGUUAUGAUGACUUGCCAACCAGUGAGCCAUUUUCAACAGGAAGAAGAUCUACAUUGGGUUUGGUUUCCCAGGCAGAUGUCCAUAUAUUGCAGUCAUCUCAUAAUUUUGAUGAUACAGUUGAUACUGAAACUUUGGAGAAUUCUCAUGUAGAAAGUGGUACAGAAUUAGACUAUGGAACAUUGAAGGGUGGCUUUCGCAAUAAAGGUUAUAGGCGGCCAUCUUAUAUUAAGAAUACAUCAGAUGAUGUGUCAACUUCUUUGGGAAACAUUUCAGUCCAUAAUGAAAGAUCUUUGCCUACAGUAAGGACUUCAACCAGUUUUGGUACUCCUGGUCAGGACAAAUAUACAACUGAAGUGAGCAGAGGAAAUAGAAACGUUGGCUUGAGAACCCACAACAAAUCUUCUGAUUCUGAUAGGUAUGAUCUGGAUGCAGACUCAAAAGAGACGACUAGUACUCACGAACUUCAUGUUCAAAAUGAACCAAAAAAGAAAUCGAGCUCACGGGCCUCAAUUCCUUAUUUUGAUUCCGAUGAUAGUGGAACUGAGGAUGAACUUCAUAAAAAGAAUUUAGCUAGUGUUGUACGUCCUGUUAGUAGAGUAUCUCGAAGAACAUCAGCUUCUCCAAAAACUGUUGCAGGUUUAAGUUCUAACCACGCUCAUUUAGAUGCUCCUUUGACUCCUGGUUCAAGGCUUGGAUGGAAAUCUUCAAGGGAUUCUUAUAAGAGUUCUGAAACAGGAUCUAAGACUGGAUCAGUAGAAUAUGAAGCAUCUAAACCAAUUUCAGAACCUAACAGAUCAUUCGACGAGGAAGUUGUGAAUUCAUCUGCAAGGGUGCAAUCUUCCAGUUCUCCUUCUAAUGCGGCGAUACAAGAUAGUGAAAAGGGACAAAAGGCUUCAAAAUCAUUAAAUUCUGAUGGAGAUACUCCAACUAAGAAGAAAGCUGAUCACGUUCAUCCAAAGUUACCUGACUAUGAUUCCUUUGCUGCCCAUUUCAUGUCUCUUAAGAAAGGUGGUCCAUGAAUUUCACUUGCAUUCAUUUAGCUACAUAGCUCCUCGUACAUGGUCUUGAUGGUUUAAUUUUUAUAUAGCUUGUAUUAUUACAUAUAGAUGUGUGAUUUAGGAUUCAAAAUAAUUGAGGAAUGAAGAUGUUGCACGUAUUUUAUUUUUUUAUUUUUUGUGUAAAUUGAGUCAGAAUAUAGGUAUAACUAUCUUAUUUUUGUACAUCUCUAUUUCAGGAAUAGUAUAAAUGGUUGAUUAUUUGAUAACCUUUUAUGUUCA